CCUAAGUCAACUCAGGUGCGUUCUGAGAAAACACUGCAAAAACCGAUGGCUCUCUUUGGUUCUCAGGAAAAGAAGGUGCGUUAAAACCACAAAUGAAGAACGGUUGUCCGAGGUAGGUGAUUUCGUGGAAGCCUACAGUAGUGAUCUUUCUUUGCAUCUUCUGUCGCUCACAGUGAGCCUGAAUCAAUCAAUAGUUGUUUUGGGACAAAAAAAGUCAGUCUACCGCCUCUCUUAUAAAAUUGCCAACGGGCGCAAGGUAACUGGGAAGUUGCAAUUUCGAACAAGCACAAUAGUUUGAUAUCGCUUUUGCAGCCAAAGAUCAUAGGAAUGGAACGUCUUGAAGGAAAGUCUCUCCCGCUCGGUGGUGAAUCUUCAUCGUCAUCAAGGAGGGAUUAUGAGGUGUUCUUGAGCUUCAGAGGGUCCGACACUCGCUUAACCAUCACGGACUCUCUCUAUGCGGCCAUGAUCCGGGCCAGGAUUUGCGUCUUCAAAGAUGACGAAGAGCUCCGUGUUGGGGAAGAGAUCAGGGGUGAGCUUUUGAGAGCAAUCUCCAAUUCAAAAAUCUACAUACCGAUCUUCUCUAAAAACUAUGCUUCCAGUAAAUGGUGUCUUCGUGAGCUCACUUACAUGGUGGAGUGUAAAAAGAGAGACGGCAAAGUGAUAUUGCCCAUCUUCUAUGGGGUCGAUGCAUCCAAUCUUAAGCUUAGAACUGGAUCGUAUGGUAAGGCCCUACGAAAGCAUGAGAGACAGUCAGGCGAAAAUAUGGCGAAGCGGUGGGAGGAGGCCCUCCGAGAGAUCGCUGGAGUUAAGGGAUGGAACUUAAAAGAUCACGGCCAAGACAAACUUAUAGCACUUGUUCUGGAAGAAGUUUUAAAUAAGCUAAGGUCUACACAAGGAAAUUGGUGUGAUGGCUUGGUGGGAAUUCAUGAUCAGAUGGAAGCCGUUAUGGAGUUGUUAGGCUUAGGUACUUCUGGUGUACGAUUUGUCGUGAUUCAUGGUAUGGGUGGUAUCGGGAAAACAACUCUUGCUAAGACUAUUUUCAAGCGCAUCUCUUCCCAGUUUCAAUGUUCCAUCUUUCUUUCAGAUAUCCGUGUAAACAAUACUUUAAGUUUGCAAAUGAAAUUAUUAUGCGACAUUCUUCAUACUCAACAUCCUAAAGUUAUUGAUGCUGAUGAGGGGAGGGACAUGAUCAAAAAAGGACUUGGUGAUAAGAAAGUCAUCCUUGUCUUAGAUGAUAUAGACAAGAGGGAUCGGCUCAUGAAGCUAGCUGGUAACUCUAGUUGGUUUGGACCAGGAAGUAGAAUUAUUAUCACAACUAGAAACACCUAUUUCUUAGCUCCCCAAACCGACACCCUAGAUGACAAUAUCAUCCCACUAGGUCAUCGAGAUUUCUUUUUUUAUGAAAUGAAGGAAAUGCAGUUUCACCAUGCUCUUCAACUAUUCAGCAUGCACUCCUUUGAAAAAGACUCACCUCCACAUGAUUACAUCAAUAUUUCAAGAGAAAUUGUUAGAAUUACCGGAGGACUACCAUUGGCUCUUGAGGUCAUAGGUUCAUUACUCCAUUCAAAAGGCAUGAAAACAUGGAAAGACAUGGCGAAUAAGUUGAAGAAAGUGCCCAACGAGGAUGUCCAAAAAAAGUUAUUGAUAAGUUAUGAAGAAUUGGAGUACGAGCAACGACAAAUUUUUCUUGACAUCGCAUGUCACUGCAUUGGUGAAGAAAGAAUCCCCACGUAUUACAUGUGGAAAGCUUGUCAGUUUUUUCCAAAAACUGGACUCGAUGUCCUCAUUCAUUUAUCUUUAAUAAAAGUCAUCAAAGAUGAUAGAUUAUGGAUGCACGACCAACUCAGAGAUCUUGGAAGAGAGAUUGUCAGACAAGAAAGCUUUAUAGCUCCUGGAAAGCGCAGCAGGUUAUGGUGUCCGACGAUUGCCUUAGAUGUGGUUCAGAAUAACCUGGGAACAGACAACAUUGUAGCACUCAAAAUCACAAGACUUGCUGACAGGCAUAAUUUUACAAGUGGUGAAUUUUCAAGACUGCCUAGUUUAAGGUUCCUCGAAUUGAAUGGGGGAAACUUUGUAGGAGACUUCAAAAAUCUUCUCUCUAAUCUAACAUGGCUCUCUUGGCAUCAUUGCCCUUCAAAACUACAUGCCGACAAUUUAUGUCUAAGGAAAUUGGCCAUUCUCAAGCUUUUAAAGAGCGAUCUUACUGAAGAUUGGAAUGGAUGGGGAGCAUGCAUGGUAAAUGAUAACCUGAAAGUCAUAUAUUUGGCAAGCUGCAAUUAUUUAAAGAGGACACCUGACUUCUCCAAGUGCAUAAAAUUGAAAAAACUGGUUCUAAAAAAUUGUACAAGAUUGGAAGAAAUCGAUAACUCUAUUAAUCAGUUAGGCCGCCUUAAGUAUUUGGAAAUUGAUGGGAAGGAUCAUCUGCCGCAAAGAAAUAUUUUUCCAGCCGUUCGUUUAUUACCAGACUCAAUUGGUGGUUUGAAAUCCUUGUUGAUGUUGAAGGUGGAAAAUCAGGAUGGUGUUAGAAAACUUCCACCCUCAAUAGGAGAGCUACUGGGCUUGAAGCAUCUAUCUCUAAGUGGGUGUUGCAACCUUAGAGAGCUUUCAGAUUCCAUUGGAGAGUUGAGAUCGCUCCUUCGUUUGAAAUUAGAAUACACUGGUGUAAGUGCAUUACCAGAUUCUAUUGGAAGACUAGAAUCUCUACUCGAAUUGGAUGUAUCUAAUACACCUAUUGUGGAAUUACCCCCUUCUAUUGGCAACCUUAGACGAUUGCAGCUCAUGAUUUUGUCUUCUAGUAAGAUAAGAGAGCUACCAAAGAGCAUAGGGACUUUGGAGAAUCUUGAGGAGCUACGUGCCAACGAGUGUGACAAUUUCAAGGGCAAAAUUCCUAAUGAAAUCGCAAGACUAUCCCAAUUGAAGGCUUUGAACUUGUCUUGGACAAAGGUUAGUAGACUGCCAAUGACAAUCAAUCGGCUCUUUAACCUUCGACAGCUUAAUUUAAGCCAUUGUAUGGGGCUUCAGUUAUUACCAAAUCUCCCCACAAGUUUAACAUACCUAAAUAUAAGGUCUUCAUCGUUGCAAGCAGUACCCGACCUCUCAAACCUCACUAACUUAGAUCAUCUAACAAUAAGUGAUCGUAUUUAUGCUGAUAUGUCCAUAACUAAACCAUUGUCCAUAAUUGAACGAGGACGAAUUCUACAUUCGAAUCUAGAGUGUCUCGGAAGGCUUCAUAAAUUGGAGCAAUUGGAGGUGGAUUUAUCCAAUUCUGACAUGCAUCCAACUAACUUGAGCUCCCUUUCUCAACUUAGGUAUUGUGCAAUAACUUGUACCGACCCACGGUCUCUGACUGGGUUUCCGUCCAAGUUAGUAAUAUUGAGCUUAAAAGAUGUGAAGAUCCCGAUAGAAUGGUCAAUGUUCUCCAACUUGGACAAUUUGUUUUUCUUACAGCUCUCCAGCUGUUGGUUAGGAGAGAUUGAGCUUGACAAUGUGCUCGGACAGCUAAAGAAACUCCAGCAACUAUUAGUGCGUGAGUGCGACGCGCUUGUGAGGAUAUCCAAUGUAUCGAGCUUAAAAGAGCACCAAGAGCUGCGGGUGGAGCACUGCCCGCAACUUAUUGAGAUUGAAUUUGAACGGCCUUCAACUAGAGAUUGCAGUUCCACAGAAAGGCCCGUCCCUGAUACUCUGAAGCCAGAGAAGCUAGGGUGGUUGUCAGUCAGAGGUUGUGCAUCAUUGCAAAAGAUACCAAAUCCACGUCGUACGGAUGUUUUGAGAUGCCCGAUGUUACAUGGUUUUGAUGACUUUAGGCGUCGUUUAUGAUAGAGAAAGGAUGGGCCCAAUAGAGCUUUCGAGCCUCAUCGACUAACUAUGGGCCUCUUCUAAAAAAAAAGGCCUCAGCCUACUACGGGCCUCUCUUGAGACAAAUGCUUUCAGCCCAGGGACCUUAGCCCAUCUUCUUGUUCCUUUCUUGAGUUGGUUCGUAGGGAAAAUCAAGAGCAGAAACGAGAGAGGGAGGAGCGAGUCGGCAAAAGAAAGAGAAAACAGAAGAAAAGAGUGUGGAAUCCGAGAGUGAGCAGAAGGGACUUUUGGCACGAUUUAGUUCGGAGGCCACGAUGAGCUAGAUUGAUACCGUUUUGAAGCACUCGGAUUAUGUUGAUGAUUUUAUCCUCCUAUCAUAAUCAUCUAAAAUCAUUGAAGAGUUGAGAGUAAGCAUACAUGUUCUCGGGAUGUCUUGUGUGGCCAAAGCCACCGACUGACAUUAGUGGAGACCUAUGCCUAGGAAGGAAUCUUGCUGUCGACAAAUAAGAAGAAAGCUGCAUCAGUGGAGGCAUCUUAGAAAUUUAAUUUUGGGUUAAUGUUGGUAAUGCGUUGAAGACUGCAUCCUUUGGCUCGAAGGACGAUUGUGCCAUUUUUCCUAUGUUUGUACAGUUGGGGUGUGACGGUUUUAUCAAUUUGUCCUUUUUAAGCUUUGUUCAGAAACAUCAAGCUAUGCGAGUAGUCAUUGUUUGGACUUGUUAUUGUGUACGGCAUAAGUCAAGAGGUUGUGUGAGAGAAUGAUAUUGCUUUCUCUUGGUGUUAUUUGCUUCAACUCUUGUUCUUACUUAUAUGGUCUAUAAUAUAUAUGUGUGUAUAUAUAUGA